GUCCACGACAAGCAGUUUAAGUGUUUGACGUAAACUUUGAAGGAAUUAGGCAGAUUGUCGAAGCCUUAUCUUACUGAGACCACAACUGAUUCAGCAGAUACAUUAGUGAGGAAUAUUGAUUUUAUAUUACUAACAAGCUUCAGGGUUAUAAGUGUCAAAACAGCUAUGAAGGCUCUCCGCUGUCCAUUUUUGACGCGUGUCUCUGUGAACCAGAUAACCCAGAAUGCAAAAAGUCUGUUGAACAAUCAUGUAGGGAGUUGUCCCAUCAUGACCAGAAUGAUGACAUCUGUUCAACUGGAAAAUAUCACCCAGUCGCAAGUGAGUGAACCAGAGAGAAGCAAGUGCCCCUUCCUGGCCAAUGAGUUGAAGACUGUAGCACCAGUUAGUGAUGAGGUACAGGAAGAUAUUAUACAUGUUCAAGAUAAGACAAGAACACUGGAGAAUGAGAGAAAGGACAGUACAGUAGAGGGGGCACAGAUGUCUUUGAAGACCCAGGAGAAGCUCAAGGAGUUUAUGAAAGUUUCUCCAUUACUCGAGAACUUGACAGAGGUGGAGACAGAACCUGCCGGACUGACCCCAGAGAGAGAAGAAACUCCAAAGAAGAAAUCCUCUUAUAGAGGUGGAGGCCCUACUACUCCUACUGAAAACCUGUUCAACUAUGACAAGUUCUUCAAUAAUCAGAUUGAGAAGAAGAAACGAGAUCAUUCUUACCGAGUGUUCAAGAAGGUGCUUCGUAAAGGUCCCAUGUUCCCCCUUGCCGAGGAACACACAGACCGGAAGAGGAACAUUAGCGUCUGGUGCAGCAAUGAUUAUCUUGGAAUGAGUUGGCAUCCAAAAGUCACUGAGGCGGUCAGGAAUGCUUUACUAGAGCAUGGAGCAGGGGCUGGUGGGACGCGGAAUAUAUCGGGGAAUUCUCCCCUGCAUGAAGAUCUUGAGAAGGAAAUAGCAUCCCUCCAUCAGAAAGAUUCUGCUCUCAUUUUCACGUCUUGCUUUGUUGCGAAUGAUUCAACCCUGUUUACUCUCGGAAAAGCAUUACCAGGGGUGCAUAUAUUCUCGGAUGCAGGCAAUCAUGCCUCUAUGAUACACGGCAUCCGGACCAGUGGUGCACCAAAGCAUAUAUUCCAGCAUAAUGAUCCGGACCACUUGGACCAUCUGCUGAAGCAGGUUGAUCCUGCUUUACCUAAAAUUGUGGCGUUUGAAACUGUACAUUCUAUGGAUGGAGCUGUGUGUCCACUGAAGGAACUUUGUGAUGUCUCACACAAGUACGGGGCCUUGACCUUCGUUGAUGAGGUGCAUGCUGUGGGUUUGUACGGGAAGAACGGUGCUGGGGUUGGGGAACGGGAUGGCUGCAUGGAUGAUAUUGACAUCAUUACUGGGACUCUAGGAAAGGCUUUUGGCAAUAUAGGAGGUUACAUAGCAGGAUCGGCUAGUACCGUUGAUAUGAUACGAAGCUAUGCUGCUGGAUUUAUAUUCACAACAUCGCUGCCUCCUACCACACUAGCUGGGGCCCUAGCGUCUAUAAAGGUUUUGAGAAGCGAUGAGGGGAGACAGUUAAGGUUUCGUCAUCAAGAAGCAGUGAGAUAUCUACGUGAACGAUUGGUUCAAGAGGGAAUACCAGCCUUACACUGCCCCAGUCAUAUUAUACCAGUUCAUGUAGGGGAUGCAGCCUUGGCAACCAAACUUAGCAAUGAUUUGAUACAAGACCACAACAUCUACAUUCAAGCGAUUAAUUACCCGACUGUUGCCCUGGGCGAAGAACGUCUACGUAUAGCACCAACACCCCACCACACCAUCGAAAUGAUGGACAAUCUGGUCGAGAAGCUUGUUAGCGUAUGGAAGAAAAAUAAGCUUGAACUACACAAGAAUGUCUGUCCCAAGUCCUGCGAGUUCUGCCACAAACCCCUUGAGUUUGAGCGCUUCUUUACCCGUGAACCGAUCUGCAGCAGGUCAAACUGCACAUAUUCCUCGCUUCAGUCCACACUCGUUGCUGCUUAAACCCAGAUAACUCAGAUAAAAGAAAACACGGCAACAUGACAAAAUACUAGUAACAUGACAUUUGCAUUUUAGUAUCCUGGUAGCAUUUCAUUGUUGCUUUAUUUGUAUAGCCUAUAUUUACUGAAAUGAAGACAGCUAUACAGCUUUGCUUAGAUAUUAUAUAUAAAAUUGUAUGCUUGAUAAACAGAAGACUAGUUUUGUAACAAUUAUAUUUUUGUAGCUGAAAGGUUGUUUAUUAAUUAUAUAAAUGGGCCGCACCAUGAGAAAACCAACAUAGUGCAUUUGCGACUAGCAUGGAUCCAGACCAGCCUGCACAUCCACGCAGUCUGGUCAGGAUUCAUACUGUUCGCUUUCAGUUGCAAUUGGAUAAACCGUUAGCAAACAGUAUGGAUCCUGACCGGACUGCGCAGGAUGUGCAGGCUGGUCUGGAUCCAUGCUGGUCGCAAAUGCACUUUGUUGGUUUUCUCAAGGCACGGCUCACAUGCAUUUCACUGAGUUUUUUCUAACUUUAUUUUUAUUUUAUAAAAACUUUUUUUUUCUCUGUGUUCAGUUUUAUAGAUGGAAGUAUUAACCCUUACCAUGCUAAAUUUCUAUAAUGAACUUAUCCAUCUUUCAAUUUGGACAGUACCAUUAACUGUUAAAAGGGGUGCAUACCAAAAAGAUACUGACUGAAUUGUGAACAGUGCAGAUCAUGAUAAGACUGUAUGGAUGUGCAGGCUGAUUAUGAUCUCCACUGGUCGCAAAGGCAGAAUCAGUCGUGUCCAGCUUGAGAAAGGUCGAGGAAUUUUUGGUUAAGAAAUCUAUUUAGUCACCAAAAUAUAAUAAAUAAAUGUCUAACAUUGUUUAAGGCUGAUAUUUUAUUUCGUAUUUCAGUAAAGCUACAUUUUACAUAUUGUAGGAAUAAAUAAUUAUAACUUUUCCAUGGAACGAUAGUGUGUAACUGAAAUGAGAUAUGAAUAGAGCUUGUUAGAGAACUGUGAUAUUUGGUGGCUGUAUAGAAUGUGAAGUGUCUGUUAGACAGCAGAUAUGGGUUGACACUGUAAAAAAUUUGGGAAACAAAAUAUCUAGCACAUUGUAUUCUUAUUUUAAAGGGUUCAGGGGCUUAUUUCAGCUUAGUUUGCUUGAUGAAUGAAAGGUUUAGACUUACACCAGGGGUAUAUACAGACAACUUCCAAAUGGGACUAUGUCAUUGGUCAAUUUUAAAAUUGUACCAGUCAAAUGAUUAGUAUCUAAAGUUUUGAAACCCAGACAGAGUUUUGUAAACAAGGUUUUUUUCACUGGAAAUUAUUUUGAUGGCAAUCCAGUAUGAUUUAUUAUGUGACUAUUUUUAGAAUUGUCAUUUAAAAUUAUUGAAUUUGGCCAGUGUGUUUUUCACUUAAAUUUCAGAGAUUAAGAAAGUUUCUUUUUCCCCAGCAUUUUCUCUUGCUACAUUAUGUUUGCAAGAAAUGGUUUAUAAAUAAUUUUGAAGUUAUAUUUACAGUAUAAUACUGGAUAAAUCCAGACUGUUGUUUAGUUCUGGCAUUUUGAAGGUUCAAAUGAAAUAAUUAAUUUAUUGUAAUUUAUUGCUCGUGUAUGUUUAAAAUCUGUGUUGAUCACGUUAAUUUGUUAUAAAACAGAGAUAUUAAGUUUAUUUGUUAAAUUAAAUUAUUUUGAAAGAGUAUUUUGUUGAACCCGGUUAUGUAGUUUGUAGGUCAUUAUGAAAGAUUAUACAGUGAUUUAUUGUGUGUCUGAUUUUAUUUUAAUGGUAAGAAUGUCAGAGUUUUUCUUGUACAAGCUAAACAUCAAAAUAACAAAAUUUACCUUUGUUAAUUUCUCAAAAAAUCAAGUGAGCCAUGCCGUGAGAAAACCAACAUAAUGGGUUUGCAACCAGCAUGGAUCCAGACCAGCCUGCACAUCUGCGCAGUCUGGUCAGGAUCCAUGCUGUUUGCUUUCAAAGCCUAUAGCAACUAGAGAAACUGUUAGAGAACAGCAUGGAUCCUGACCAGACUGUGCGGAUGCGCAGGCUGGUCUGGAUCCAUGCUGGUCGCAAAGCCACUAUGUUGGUUUUCUCAUGGCACGGCUCAAGUGCUUUUUAUCACAUGGUGAUCUAUAAGAAAUGGGAAAAAGGAAACAUAGUUACUGCAAUGUAUAAAGUUUUGAAAGAACAUUUUCAAAUUCUUGGUAAUUUUUCCUGAUUGUUUUGUAAUGUAUUUUAUUAGACAAGCACAUAUCUGUAACUUUGGCUGAUGUAUGUGUUUUUGAUUUAAGAAAUAUGGGAGUCUUCUUAAAUUUGAUAACUUGUAGAUGAAAGAGCUCGAGUUGAUAUGAGUGGCUGUUGACUGAUUUCAUGCACUGUUGAUUUUAGCUUUUUACGACUAUUUUAACUGUUGUGGUGUUCGGUUGUUUUUUGUUUGUUUUUGUGUAAGUUAUGUUAUAGGCAGAAGUAGCAACACUUUAUUAGCAAUAUGAAUAUUUUUUACCCUCUUUACUUACUGUUAAAUGAGUGAGCAUACAGACUAACAUUCUUUUUGCAUGGUUCUAUCUGUAUACUUGCCCUGAAAAGCUUUUGUGUUCUGUUCUUCUUUCAAAAAAAUCAGACAUCAGAAUUUUAAAUAUUUUACACUCAACAAAUCAAUAGUAUGGUUGAAAUUUUCCAAUAUACAGCCUUUAUCAUUCAUCAUUUAUUUGUUUAUGACAUUAUGUUAAAAUAGGCUGCUUCAUUAACUUUUAGAGAAACUAGAGUAAUACUGUUUUCAGGUUUAAGGUCUUUUCAUUUUGAACCUUUCCAUGCACAGUACAUAGAUUCUAAAUUUUAUAACAAUUUCAUUGGGUUGUUAUUGUACUCUGAAAUGUGAACAGAAUGUUAAAUGAGCCGUGCCAUGAGAAAACCAACAUAGUGGGUUUGCGACCAGCAUGGAUCCAGACCAGCCUUGGCAUCUGCGCAGUCUGGUCAGGAUCCAUGCUGUUCACUGUCAAAGCCUAUUGCAAUUAAGAAACCAUUAGCGAACAGCAUGGAUCCUGCCCAGACUGUGCGGAUGCCCAAGCUGGUCUGGAUCCAUGCUGGUCGCAAACCCACUAUGUUUGUUUUCUCAUGGCAUGGCUCAAAUAUCAAAUAUAAAUCAGGACAGCCUAAUUUACUUCUGCUCCUUAAAAACAAAAUGUUUUGGGACAGACUAUAAAUUACUUGUCAGAUUAGCUCAAUGGGAUAGUACAAGACUAUUUCAUGACAGGUCAGAGGUCAUUCUUCAUGUACAAAGUAUGUUCUUUAUGGGGAUUGGACAGAAGAUGGUGUGUCUGGUCAUUCAUCCACCACCUCUGAAGAAAGUGUGGAAGUUAUCAGUUGCUAGUGGGGACAGUGUUUAAAUUGGACAAAUGCAGUUUUACUUAUUAAUCUGUCUUGUGGCACGAUUUUUUAUUCCUGAUAAAAUACUAUUCCUUCUAUUGCUGAUGCAUUUUCAUAAAUUGAUUAUUAUAUAUUAAUCAGAGCAUUUUUAUAUAUUUUAGUACAAAUGUUUUUAAUGUAAACAGCUGAAAAAUGAAAUAAUAGUGAUGCACGGUGGUGCAGGGGUAGGGUAUUGGAGAUGUCAUUCAGCAUAGCUAACAUAGAAUAAGACUGAGAAUUGGAUUUUUUUUUUUUUUUUGUACAUCAGUCAUUUGUCAUCGAGUUUCUAUAAUUUAUUUCCAGCAGAGUAAUUAUUAUGAUAUUUAUUUAUUGCUUCAAGUGAUAGAUUUGUAUGGACAUGAAAGUAUCACUUACAAAUUUUUCCCAUGCAGAAUUUUGGAAUUAUUUUGAUUUAACAAGGAGACUUAAAUAUUUGAAAUAAAAACUUAUUUCACUUGCAGACCUUUUUUUUUUAAAAAAAAGUAAAACCUCAAGUUGUUAUUAAUGAGAAACAAAAUUUAGGCAGAAUGUUAAAUUUUUGUAACAGAAUCUAAAACUUAAAGAAGAAUGUAGGUCUUAUGGUACAUAUUAUGUAGAACUUAAGAAUAAAUAUAGAACAUAUAUAAGGAUGUAAAACUCAAGGUAGAAGGUUGAACUUAAGGUAGAAAGUGGAACUUAAGACACAAUGUAGAAAUUCAGACAGAACUUAAAAUUUUAGGCAGAAUGUGGACUUAAAAUGUACGUAGAAGGAUGGAAUGUAGAACUCUUGGUAAAAUAUUUAUGAAGAGGUAGAAACUACUACGAGACUGGAAAUAAUUUAUGAUUGAAAGUGGAUGUGUUUGAGGGUGCCAAAAAAAAUUUUGAUAUUUAUUUGGUGAAAAGGUGAAAGAAAAAUAAGGUUGUGAGAUGGUAGGGAGAUCAAGUAUAGUUUGGGGAUUGAAUAACAGUGUUUCUCCAAAAUGCUAUACACACAGUCAUGUAAUCAAGGUGUUUGAGUAUAAAAAUCUAAACUAGAAAUAUAAAGAUGUUGGAAAUUGUAUUGAAAAAAAUCUGGAAAAAAAACACAUUGAGAAUUUCUUUUUUUGGACAAUUUCGAUCCAGAUGGAUGAAUAAAAAGGAAAAUCUUUUGUACAGUAACAUCUAUGUACAUACAAUAAAUUUAUGAUAAAAA